AUUCAAUCAACAAUCUAGCUCUCUUUCUCUCUCUUCCAAGCUCUGUAAAUUCGCAACAAUGGCGAAUGAUACUAUGAUCGUCACCAACACACCUGCCAGAGAUCUCGUCUCCACUAACUUCGUUUACUGUUCUCUCGUCGAUCUUCGCCGUCUUGCUGCGCCUGGAUCACGCUUAGUCUUUGCUUAUGUCGGCGAUUCCUGGGUUCUUUCCGUUGGUGCACAUGAUGAUGUACCCAAUGGGAGCAUAGGUCUGAAUGCUGUCCAACGCAAGUAUCUCAGGGUUUCCACUGGAGAUUCCAUUCCUGUCAGAAGAUUUGUACCUCCUGAAAAUUUCAAACUUGCAGUGCUUACUCUUGAACUGGACUAUUUGUCAAGAGCAAAAGCAAGAGAUGAACAGGUUGAUGCUGUUAUUGUAGCUCAGCUAAUCAAGAGGAGACUUGUUGACCAGGUCUUGACAGUAGGCCAAAAGGUAACCUUUGAGUACCUCGGCAAUAACUUUCUUUUCACAGUCAACCAGGCUGUCAUCGAGGGACAAGAAAAGUCAGAUAGUGAAAGAGGAUUGUUGUCAGCAGACACAUAUGUUAUCUUUGAGGCUGCAGGUGGCAGUGGAAUAAAAAUAAUCAAUCAGCGUGAAUCAGCUAGCAGCAACCUUUUUAGACAAAAGGAAUUCAAUUUGAAGGCACUUGGUAUAGGUGGUUUGGGUGACGAGUUUGCAGAUAUAUUUCGAAGAGCUUUUGCCUCCAGGGUUUUCCCUCCCCAUGUCACUAGCAAAUUGGGUAUCAAGCAUGUUAAAGGAAUGCUUCUUUAUGGUCCUCCUGGUACUGGCAAGACUCUGAUGGCACGCCAGAUAGGAAAAAUGUUAAAUGGAAAGGAUCCAAAGAUUGUCAACGGGCCAGAAGUGUUGAGCAAGUUUGUUGGUGAGACUGAGAAGAAUAUCAGGGAUUUAUUUGCUGAUGCUGAGCAUGACCAGAGAACUCGAGGAGAUCAAAGUGACUUGCAUGUUAUCAUCUUUGAUGAAGUAGAUGCUAUUUGUAAGUCAAGAGGUUCUACUAGAGAUGGUACAGGUGUUCACGAUAGCAUCGUCAAUCAGCUUUUAACAAAGAUUGAUGGGGUGGAGGCCCUUAAUAAUGUUCUGUUGAUUGGGAUGACUAACAGAAAAGAUUUGCUUGAUGAAGCACUUUUGAGGCCUGGACGUUUAGAGGUUCAGGUGGAGAUAAGCCUCCCCGAUGAAGCUGGUCGUCUGCAGAUUCUUGAAAUACAUACAACCAAGAUGAAAGAAAAUUCUUUUCUUGCACCAGAUAUCAAUUUGGCUGAACUGGCUGCUAGAACAAAGAAUUACAGUGGAGCAGAGCUUGAAGGUGUUGUAAAGAGUGCUGUAUCAUAUGCUUUGAACCGGCAGUUAAACAUGGAUGAUCUUAAUAAGCCAGUGGAUGAGGAGAACAUAAAAGUUACGAUGAAUGACUUUUUGGAAGCUAUUGAUGAAGUUAAACCAGCAUUUGGAGCAUCCACUAGUGAUCUUGAACGAUGCAGGCUAAAUGGCAUGGUGGACUGUGGUGUACGCCACGAGCACAUCCAGCAACGCACUAUGCUACUAGCAGAACAAGUCAAACACAGCAAAGGAAGCCCACUCCUGACUUGUCUUCUGGAAGGUCCAAGUGGCAGCGGGAAGACUGCAAUGGCUGCUACAGUUGGUAUUUGUAGUGAUUUUCCAUAUGUGAAGAUUGUUUCAGCGGAAUCCAUGAUUGGUCUCAGUGAGAGUACUAAAUGUGCACAUAUUGUCAAGGUCUUUGAGGAUGCUUAUAGGUCACCGUUGAGUGUAAUUAUACUUGAUGAUAUUGAAAGGCUCGUAGAGUAUGUGGCUAUUGGCCCUCGGUUUUCAAAUAUCAUCUCACAGACGUUGAUGGUCCUCUUGAAACGACUUCCUCCACUGGGAAAGAAACUUCUUGUGCUAGGGACAACGAGUGAAGUUGGUUUCUUGGAUUCGAUUGGCAUUCGCGAUACAUUUUCGGUGACCUAUAAUGUCCCGACACUGAAAACUGACGAUGCUCGAAAGGUGUUGCAGCAACUUGGUGUGUUCUCAGAGUAUGACAUAGAUUCUGCUGCUGAGGCAUUAAAUGAUAUGCCAAUCAAGAAAGUGUACAUGUUAAUCGAGAUGGCUGCUCAAGGAGAUCAAGGUGGUAAAGCAGAAGCCAUUUACUCUGGUAAAGAAAAGAUCGACAUAUCUCACUUCUAUGACUGUCUUCAGGAUCUUGUCCGGUACUGAUUCAUUAUGCAGUAUUGAGUUUUGGUAUACUGCUUACUUCACAACUAGCUCUGUGAUUUUUCACACCAGUUUUUCAAGUCGAUAAGAGUUUUUAUCAGAUAGGUUCUCUGAUUCAUAUUUAUACAUAUUCUUACAUCCUUUGUUUAUGAUCCUUCGAGCUCAAACUUCUCUUAGUAGUGUAACCAUGAUUUUGUAGUCUUAGCUGGAGUGUAUCAAACCUUACCGAUGUAUCGAUUUUUUUCGGAAGAUUGUAUAUGACCCCGUUUGCAACCCUUGUUCCA